AUGGGCCGCAAAAAGAACCAGACGGCUCACCCCAAGACCAAGACGGACGCGUCGCUCCUCGCAGGGGCGGCGACGUACGAGGUCGGCAUGCCCAGGAAACGCUUCUACCGCCAGCGCGCGCACGCCAACCCGCUCUCGAUCCACCACCUCGAGUACCCGCCCUCGCCCGAGCAGAUGGACUGGUCGACGCACUUCCCGACCUACUUUGCUCCGCCGCCGAGCGAGGGCGAGGGCAGCCCGUCGCUCAAGGGCAAGAAGGUCGAGUUCGCCGACGUCGGCUGCGGCUUCGGCGGUCUGUCCAUCUCGCUCGCGCCUCUCUUCCCCGAUACCCUCAUGCUCGGCCUCGAGAUCCGCGUCCAGGUUACCCAGUACGUCUCGGACAAGAUCCGCGCCCUGCGCCUCAACCCGGGCUCGGUCGACCCCGACAACGCCGACGAUGUCGCCGCUGCCGCCGCCGACGCUGCCGGUCAGCCCGUCGCCAAGCGGCAGAAGGUCGAGGCGAGCGAGGACAGCGCGUCGGGCAAGCUCGCGCCCGUGCGCGGCAUCAAGCCCGAGCUGAUGCCGCCCGAGGGCUACGCGUACGGCAACGUGAGCGUCCUCCGCGCCAACGCGAUGAAGUUCCUCCCCAACUUCUUCGAGAAGGGCCAGCUGUCCAAGAUCUUCUUUCUGUUCCCCGACCCGCACUUCAAGCAACGCAAGCACAAGGCCCGCAUCAUCUCGCCCACCCUACUCGCCGAGUACGCCUACGUCCUGCGCCCCGGCGGGCUCCUGUACACCAUCACGGACGUCCCCGACCUGCACCAGUGGAUGACGGGCCACAUCGGCGCGUUCCCGCUCUUCCACCGCCUGACCGAGGACGAGAUCGACAACCUCGGGCUCGAGGGCGGCGAGGGCGUCGAGGGCCAGAGCGGCAGCGAGCUCCAGAGGGUGCGCGAGCGCGCCGUCAUGGAGGCUGUCAAGCGCCGCACCGAGGAGGGCAAGAAGGUCGAGAGGAACCAGGGCGGCAAGGAGUGGAGCGUCUGGAGGAGGCUCCCUGAUCCCGAGUAGACGGGCGCACACGCGCACGAGGGCGCACGUCUGACUCUCGGACGGUAUAAUCGUCGAUGGACCUGG